UCUGCCGCCAGGAUCGCCACCGAGCUCGCCCGCUGUCGGUGCCCGCUACGUCGUCAGCUGGCUAGACCGGCGGCGACAGACGAUUAGCCUGCAAUCCCAGUCUCUGCUGUAUCUUCUGCCCCGUGGCCGCGGCGGCCGCUUCCCCACUUCCCGAAGUCCAGGCAGCUGCUGCGAGUAGGGAGAUCUAGGGAUUUCGCUGUGAGCUCAGGAGACGCCCGCUGUGGACCUCGGAGCUCAGCCCCCUGCUCGCCGUCGGGGCGUUCCCCAGGCCGUGCCGCGAAGCGGAUGCGCGCCGGCUGAGCGCCCAGGACCGGCCCGCGAUGGCCGCGCGCCCCCGGCCGCUCUGGCUCCUGGGCCUGGCGCUGUGCGCGCUGGGAGGCAGCCCCGGCCCGCACGCCCUGCACGGCUGUCCUCAGGGUCGGCUGGGCGCUCGCGAGCACCGAGACAUGCAGCGUGAGAUUCUAGCGGUGCUCGGUUUGCCCGGGCCACCCAGGCGCCGCGCACCACCCGCCGCUGCCCGGCUGCCUGCAUCGGCCCCGCUCUUCAUGCUGGACCUCUACCACUCCAUGGUCAGCGACAACGACGAGUACGGUGGGUCCUCGGAGCCGCACCUGGGCCGCGCCGACCUGGUAAUGAGCUUCGUCAACAUGGUGGAGCGUGACCGAGCCCUGGGCCACCAGGAGCCCCACUGGAAGGAGUUCCACUUUGAUCUGACCCAGAUCCCAGCAGGGGAGGCUGUCACAGCUGCAGAGUUCCGGGUCUACAAGCUGCCCAGCACCCGCCCGCUCAACACGACGCUCCGCAUCAGCAUGUUCCAGGUGGUCCAGGAGCACUCCAACAGGGAGUCUGACUUGUUCUUUUUGGAUCUUCAGACGCUCCGAGCUGGGGACGAGGGCUGGCUGGUGCUGGAUGUCACAGCAGCCAGUGACCGCUGGUUGCUGAACCGUAACAAGGACCUGGGACUCCGCCUCUAUGUGGAAACUGAGGAUGGGCACAGCGUGGAUCCUGGCCUGGCCGGUCUGCUGGGGCAACGGGCACCACGCUCCAGACAGCCUUUCAUGGUCACCUUCUUCAGGGCCAGCCCGAGUCCCAUCCGCGCCCCUCGGGCAGUGAGGCCACUGAAGAGGAGGCAGCCAAAGAAAACCAAUGAACUGCCGCACGCCAACAAACUCCCAGGGAUCUUUGAUGACACCCACGGCUCUCACGGCCGGCAGGUGUGCCGGCGGCACGAGCUCUACGUCAGCUUCCAGGACCUCGGCUGGCUGGACUGGGUCAUCGCCCCCCAAGGCUACUCGGCCUAUUACUGUGAGGGAGAGUGCUCCUUCCCGCUGGACUCCUGCAUGAACGCCACCAACCAUGCCAUCCUGCAGUCCCUGGUGCAUUUGAUGAAGCCAGACGCAGUCCCCAAGGCGUGCUGUGCGCCCACCAAGCUGAGCGCCACCUCUGUGCUCUACUAUGACAGCAGCAACAAUGUCAUCCUGCGCAAGCACCGCAACAUGGUGGUCAAGGCCUGCGGCUGCCACUGAGGCCCUGCCAACUUGCUCUGCUGCUGCUGUCCCUCCCCAUCAGGAUCAGACCCCUCUCUGAAUGCAGGAGACCCUCACAUGUGGUCACAGAUCACUGUAGUGGGGUGGGGGCUGCUUUUACUGCUCACUCCUGCCGGACUGCACCUCCAGACUGCCAGGCUCCUCCAUCCCCUCUCCUGGGGUUUGUGGCACUGAACCCCUCGCACCUCCAUCAAAGGGCCAAGUGUACAUAGCAGCCUGGGAGCUGUGCUGCCUCGGCUUUGGGGGGUCUGCACUGAAGUCCUAUCUUAGGACCUCUCCAUGGCGUCCCUGGCCCGGCUGUGGCCAACCCUGGAUGGUCUGAGGAGCCUGAGACUGGCUGUGCCAUUUACCACAGGGUCUGAGUUGGGCAGCAGGGUUCCGUCCCUUCCCACAUAUACCACCUGGCAUCUCUGGGGCAGGAUUGGGCACGUGCAUGUCCUCAGUUCAGUGUAUUAGUGGAUUCCACUGACUUGGCCCGUGGGCACAGUUAGCUUAUUAGAAAAAGAACAAGCUGACUGGGCCUCGUGACCUAAGGUGAGGCCAGUGGGGACAUUCUGCCGCAUGUGAUUUCCCUUCCCCGAGCCUGUGCUGGGAUAGAGGUCUGCCUCCCAGAGAAGAAAAGAACCCUGGAGGAUUCUGAUCCCCACAGCCGUCUCCACCGUGGUGCUGUCUGGGGCUGGGCAUGCGGACAUGGACCUCUCAGCAGAAACGAGACAGACAUGACCCCAGCGAUGUUCCUCUUACCUGUGGCCACCAUCUGUGACCACUCUGUAUACGUCUCUCUUUGCACCUGGACAGACCCUCCACACCCUCAGCUCAGAACCACAGAUGGAGACCAGAAGCUGCUCAGUCAGAAUGAACUCAGCUCCCCAGUGAGGAGCAAUCCAUUCUACCUGGAGCAUGGUGAUGGGCAGGCUGUGGCCAGGCAUGGGACAAGGGGGAGGACUGUCAGUGUUUGCUUAUGUCUGAGAACCGAGAAGAGGCUGGUUGUCAAAGUUUGCAUCACCCUGGCUGCCCAGCAGCCCUGUCCUGUUUCUGGGGCCUGUGAGUCAAAGAAAAGGCCCCUGUCCCAGGGGAGUGACAGGUGGUAAUUAGGCUGCAUUGGGUGGGGAGGUUUGUCUCAGCUUCCACUCUUCCUGGAAACCACUGUUCUCUUGGAGCAGUCACUGGGAGUUGGUGUGUUUAUUUAAUUUUGAACUUGCUAAGCCUAUAAUUUACCUACCAGAACAGACAGAGUCCAGCUGCCUGAACUGGGCCCAUCCCCAUCCACAGCACACCCAACAGAAGUGGACCCACCCACGUGCCCAGAGAUGAACAUCUCUGGAGUUUACACUCUGUACCUCUGAGGACCGACCUCAGGGAGGGCAGCAGCAGUGGAGAGUUUGGGUCCAUGCUGUGGGACAGCAGCCCCUUUAGCUGACCCAGAGGACAUCCUUAUGUGAGUGCAGAGGAAGAGACCCUCCCAUAUACACAAAGGGUAGGUCCAGAUGUCUGAAAGGUGGGGAGUUCCGCCCAUGAAUGUAGGCUUCAAACAAAGGCCAACAGGGAUUGGACAAAGCACCAGCCUGAAUUGCUUAGUGUCUGAGAAAAUCCCCUUUCUCAUUCUUGCUUCAGUCUUUCAACUAUGAAUACAUGAGGACAUAGGACUUGUGUUAGUCAGCUUUCUGUUACUGUAACAAAAUACUUAAGACAAUCAAUUUUAAAGAAGAGGAAAGGUUUAGCUGGGCAUGGUGGUAUGCACCUGUAGUCCCAGCUACUCAUAGGAGGCUGAAUCAGGAGGAUCUUUUGAGCCCACAAGUUCAGGAUCAGCCUGGGCAACAGAGUUAGACCUUAUCUGAAAUAAAACAAAAAGGAAAAAGAAAAAAGAAAAGAAAAAGUCAAAAAACAAAACAUUCUUAGUUCUUGGUUUAGAAGUUUCAGUCUAUGGUUGGUUGACCCCAUUGUUUUGGGGCCUGUGGUGAGGAAGCCAUCAUGCUGUAGAGUGUGGGGUAGAGCAAAGCUGUUAGCUUGUGGCACCUGGGAAGCUGAAGAGGGAGAGAAAGGAGGAGGAAAGGCUUGGGUCCCACUGUCCUUCCCAGAGCAAACCUUUAAUGAACCUGAGACCUAUUAAAGACCACCUCCUAAAGUUUCCCCCACCUCAGUAGAGCCAAGCCAGGGACUAAACUUUUACUACAUGUGCCUUUGAGAGACAUCCAGGUCAAAUGGUGUCAUAACUCUCAUUCCGAAGGCCUUCCAGCCAGAGAAUCUCUGCCCCCGUGACCCUCUCCUCUCCCAAGACCUAAGGCCCAGCCGCGGGGUUCCGGGCUUUGACAGCUCUUUCAGACUCCCAACGCCAGGGCAGUGGAGGCAGUGGAGGCCUGAAAACUUUGACGGCUUCUUUGGUCCCUUCAACUGCCCAGCACGUGACUUGACCUGGUCUGGGGGCACAGGACGGGUGAAGACUGUUCUAAAGGUGCAGAGUCUGCCUCACCCCGGGCGUGGGUGCAGGUAUGUAAAGCCCGUGACAUGACUCCCUCUUUCUGCAGCAAGGCAGAGUGCAGCAGUCCUGAUGGUUGGCAUGCUGGCACCCUUAGCCACCCAGGCAGCCACUGGGUGUCAUCGGGCGAAGGGAGAAGACAGUGGGCAUGCAGCCCGUGAGGGGGUAGUCUCCUUGCCAAGGCCAUCUGGCUCUCUGGUUGCCUCUGGCCACCCAGGCUACAGUCAUGGCUGCAUGUUAGAAACUAAAAUAAGGAGGCCAACCUGGGGCCCAGGAGCAGCCAGUGGAGUCUCAGGAAUACAGCUCGGGUCGCUCAGCCUGGGCAAAUCCCCAAGGAUGUCCCAAGAGCAGCACAGCACAGGCCCUGCUGCCAGCUGAGCAUCCGAAGCCCUGUUUUUUGUGCCUUAUGGAGGGAAGUGGGUAAAGUGCUUUAGAAAAAUUCCCCACAAUUUUGCAGGAAAGAAGGCAGGAGAGGGUGGGUUUUGGAGUCAGCAGGCCUGGUGUCUAGUCAUGGCUCUGGCUCUUGUGAUCUGGACCACGUCACGAGCCCCCUGUGCCUGCUCCUUGCUCUUUCGAGGGGACCUGGCCUGGCUGUGCCCUUGCGAGACCUCUCAAGGAUCAGAUGUGCCCACAGAGCACUUAGAAGAGUAUCUCAUUUUAAACGGGCUUGCCUGUUUGGGCCUCCCUGGCCGGGCUUCCCAUGAACACCCACCCUCUCCUUCUGGAAUGUUCCUGGGAGGCGCUGCUGGACUUACCUUAAAACUGUGUUUUUCUUCAGAAAUCCACUCUUUGGGAUGAGGUAUAUCCCUGCACCCUCACCUUCCUGGAAAAACACAGGGACAGCACUGGGUCUCUCCUAAGAGACAGGCAUGGCCCACCUGUGCCCUGCUAGUGAGUGUGGUGCCCCCUGUAUCCUCACAGGAAGCUAAGGGGGACUUUCCAUCACAGGUUUCUCUUCUUACUAGGAAGCUUUGAGCAACUAUUUGACCCUUUGGAGUUUUUAAAAAAUUUUUAAACUUUUUAUUUUUUCUCCCUUAAGAAAACAUGACAUGAAUGCCAGGGAAAUUUUUGAAAAUAACAGAAAACAGAUUACAAACCCCCAUAAGCCCAUCACACCAUGAGCUGGUGUUAAUUCCUCCCAGACUCUUCUUGGCACAUAUACAUUCGUCUUUACACGUGACGUAUGGAUUAUUACAAAGUUAGGACCACACUCUAGGCAUUUUGGUAAUCUGAGUCAUUCAUUUU